UUAUUGCGAGAACAGACGCUUGUAAUCAGCGAUGAAACGUCACUCGCGUUCACACUUACAUCUAGACUACAAGAUGAAUUGAACAAUUAAACACGUCGACGUUGCUAAUUGGUCGCCCGACAUUCGCCAUUGAAACAUUUCACGAAAUGGCAGCAGCAGGUUUGCAUCUCAAUCAAAUACCAACGUUUGUUUAAUGUAAUUGAUAUUUAAUGUAAAAAAAGUUCAAAAUAGAUAAUUAUGGAAUCUGUGUGGAAUUGUGUAUUCGUUUGUGUCUUAAUGUCGCUCUUCCCGACGGUCAGUGGUCAGUGGGGCUGGAUGCUGCCGCCCGCAUACACGUGCAUAGAGAGGCCAGUGCAGGCUGUAUGCCAUAUGGUCCCCAACCCGAACUACCAAGUGGGUAACAUUCAAGGAUUGGUGGUCUUCACUCAACGCAUAACAUGCUUCGGCCACUACGCUCUUCAAGUGAAAGUGAGCGUAACCGGCCUCCCGUCGGACGGUAACUGGACGUACCACGGGUUCCACGUACACGAGUCCGGGGACAUGUCUCGGGGCUGCGAGUCAAUGGGCCCGCACUUCAAUCCGUACCGCACCCAGCACGGCUCCCCAGCGGAUCCCGCCAAUCGGCGACACGUUGGCGCUUUAGGCAACAUGGUCAAGGACCCGUUCGGAAACAUGCAGGGCGCCAUUUUUGACAACCUGGCCAGCCUCGUGGGUCCCACCUCCAUCUUGCAUCGCGGGGUUGUGUUACAUGAGGGCCAAGAUGAUCUAGGUCGCGGCGGAAAUGAGGAAAGUCUGCGCACGGGGAACUCCGGACGCCGCCUCGCCUGUUGCUACAUACAGCCGCUGUAGAGUUCCGGUGGGUAUAAGACAUGCGAGGGCCACCGUCGCUGGGACAACGGAGAAGGCAACAGUUGACAUAGGAUCUUUUUGCCACUAAUGCGCUGUGCGGAUUUCCUGUGUUGUAUUCAAUAGAAAUUAAAUAGGUA